UUUUGUAUUGUAGUAACGUAUAUUACAUACUCUGUGGACUUUGGAAAACAACACUGUGCGACUGUGCGUCCCGCCGCCCACGUCCUUGUCUUCUGGGCUCUGAUUGGUGACGGCCCAUAAUAAUAAAUCAAUAUUGUUUUUAUACAUAACUUAUAGCAACCACAUAUCAAAAUGAAACUCGACAUCGGCUUGAAUUUAAAAGCCAAAAAGGGAUCUGAUGAUGUGGAAAUAAUUGGAAAGAACGAAGAAAAAGAGCUCGAGGCUAAUAAGCUUCCUGAAAAGCAAGACAUCGAUAAGAUGGAAGUCAAUGUGAAACCUGAAAAGGCGGUGAUUGAAAUAUACGAUCCUUCCAGCCCAGUUCCAAUACGAAUAGACAUGAACAUAUCUCUGACCUGGCAACAGAAACUGAAGCUGGCUCUGCUGAUUAUAUUCGUUAUCGUCUACAUCGGCUUCCUGAUCAGGGGGCUCAUCUAUGAGAUCAAGAGAAUAAGGGAAGUCCAGCACAUGAUUGCUCGCAUGAAACCCAUUAUUGCCGCAUUGUAUGAGAUGGAUCAAAAUGUUGCCAAAGAGGUGCAGAAAGCUGUGAACUCAUACAGCCUGUACGACCGGCCCAUGCCAGAAGAGGACCAGCUGUAUGACUAAACAUUCCAUAAUGUUAAUCACUCAGUGUCUAAGAAUUAUAAAAAUCGUAGUAAAUUAUAAAUUUAUUGAUGUCACUCUUGCAGCUUUUAUAUGUAUUUCUUAUUGUUAUUUGAGAUAAAGCAACAACAUGAUAAGUGACUUUAAAACAUGAAUGGCAUGAUUCUUUGUUGUCAGUUUCAAAUUUGUUUAAUAUAUCUACCUAGCUGGUCUUGGGGAGGCAGCUGGCUGCCGUUUAUUAGUUAUUUUAUAAAUUAGCAAUUAGGCUGGACUAAUGCCCUGGUCCAAAUUUAUACAAAAGACGACAGGGUUAAAGUUUUCAAAUCGAGGUGAACAGAUAGUCUGUAUUUACGGCCAAUUAUAUAAGGUGCAGUCCUUUACAAUUAAAUAUCUAUACUUUUAUUAACGUUGAUUUAAUUUUAUUUUCUUCAAUGUGAGACACAUAACAUUGAAUUUUAUGUAAAACUAGGUGUAGGAACUAGAUGGAGAUUUAUAAGACUUGAAGACUCAAAUGACUCUAGAAUACUAUUUUGUUUACUUUUUGCAUAGUUUUAUAGGACUUUCUAUUUUGUGAUAUUAUUUUAAGUGAUUACAGCAUUAUGAACAAAGCGCAAUGCACUAAAUAUGGUUAUGUUUACUUCAUAAUAUCUAGAUAUUAUAUGUAACAUGGGCACCAAGUAUCUGGCCCAGUGUUAGCUCGCUGCAAUGUUCCAUUUACAUUAUAUUGCUAAAUUAAAUUUAUAUUGAUCUCAUUUUUAUUCAAGGUUGUGUUGCUUUUUGAAUUAUAUAAGGAACUGUCCACUGUGUACUUGAUGUAUAUUAUUGUAUGUAAUCUGAGAAAUAAAUAA